GAAUCAUCAUGAAUCGAUAUUUUAGGAUGAGGAUGAGCACAUCUACGACCUAUAUCUCGUCUCAUACCUUACUAUGCUCACUCUUAAUUGCCGCUAACAAUGCACCAGUGAAUCUCAAGGCGGGGAAGGAAACAAAUCAAAUCAAGAAAUCGAGUACUUAACACUUGUUUGAAGUUGACAUCGUGCCGGAAGCUGACAUCAUAUUCACGAGAAGAGGCAUCGAUGAUGUGUUGAGGAAUCACCGAACGAUGAUGACGAUGAAAGAGAGGAAGAUUUCCUCUCCCUCCCCAUUUUUCCCUUCUCUUUUUCCUCCCAACCGUUUAUUCCUCUCUUUUUCCAUUUACCGCUAUUUAUUCUUCUUUUUUUUACUCUGCAAACUCAGUCGCAGUAACUCUCUUUUUCUCCUUAUUUUUACCUUUGACUGUGCUCGAUCUCGCGCGUUGCCAGAGAGACAGGUGCAAUAAUGUUGGACUACGAAUGGGGAACCCAGUCGUCGGCGACGGCCAUGUUUCCCGGAGAAGAUACCUCCGCCCAGAACCGCCAUUUCUUCGACCUCUACGCCACCCAAGCGAACUUCAACGAAGACGCGGCGGGCGGGCCGGGCUUAGUCGGCGGCCAUAACGGCCAUUUCUCCGCCGAGGACCACCUGCAGCUGUUCCACCACCCUGCCGGAGACGGCGGCCAGGAGACCAACCACAUGUGCUCUCUCUACGACCCACGCGCCUACGGGGGCGCGUCUUUCGCGCAGGCUUCCCAUCAUCAUCAGGUUGUUCCCAUGCUUUCCCUCGAGCCGGGGGCGGCGGCGGGGUUCGUGGUGGUCCCGAAGAGCGAGCCUCUGGGCAUCAGCGGCGGCGCCGACUUCUCCGGCGCCAACCUGGGGCUCAACUUGGGAGGCAGGACAUACUUCUCGUCCACCGAGGAUGAUUUCGUGAACCGGCUGUACCGCCGGUCCAGGGUGGUGGAUGCCACUUCGUUCAACGCCCCGAGGUGCCAAGCCGAGGGCUGCACCGCUGACCUCACCCUCGCCAAGCACUACCACCGCCGCCACAAGGUGUGCGAUUUCCACUCCAAAGCCGCCACCGUCCUCGCCGCCGGUUUGACCCAACGGUUCUGCCAACAGUGUAGCAGAUUCCACGUCCUGACGGAGUUCGACAACGGCAAAAGGAGUUGCCGCCGGAGAUUGGCCGACCACAACCGGCGGAGGAGGAAAGUUCCCCAACCAAACCACCAGGAAAAUAGCGCCAACACCACCUCUCACCAACAGGCUGCUGAUACUAACAACGCCGCCGCCCACAAUUCACCGUCGUCCGACAGCCUUCCAAGUCAGACUCUAAUGGUCUCCGCCGCAGCCGCCGCCGCGGGACUCAUCAGGAUCGUCGGUGACAGUGGGGGCAUCACCGCCGAGGAUGUCAAUCGAUUGCUUUGGACAAAGAUCGUACGGCUACCAGUUGGCGCCGGCAGCUCAACCUCCUCCUCCUCCUCCUCCUCCUCACAUGGCUCAUGAUUUUAGCUACAUGUAAUAUAAUAAUUGGGCAUGUUAAUUAGUAACUUGGAAUUGAAUUAGCCUGCCUGCAUGCUAAUCAUUAUCUACCUAGCUAGCUGCUAGUAAUUAUUCAAUAAUUAUAUAUAUUAAAAUCCGUUUAUGUAUCCUAGCUAGCUCUCAAUUC